AUGGCUUCUUAUCCUGCACUCAUCGAUGAGCAAGCUGAUAUUGAUGAGGGCAUUGGUCAGGCUCUCGAGUCUCUGAAGGAAGCGGAUGUGACUUCUGCGAGUCGCACUGUGCUCGAAAAUCAUAAGUACUUCAAGGAUAAAUAUCAUAGGGCCUGCGAGGAGGUCUAUUUGUUAGCUCUAGAGAAGAUGCAGGAGAUGAAGGAACAGAUGGAUGCAGCACGAGCAGGAGAGACAGAUGCUCAUAAUCAGUCAAUUGCAUCUGUAGCAUUGCCAGUUUCAUCGCUUUCAGGUCUGAAGCUUCCGAAGGGGGAGAUUCCUUUUUUUGAUGCGGAUCCUGCGCAGUGGAUCAAUUUUCGAGAUAAUUUUUUUAAUUUGAUGACUAUGAAUCCUCAACUUUCAUCGGUUUACAGGCUUCAUCUGCUUAAAAAUCAUCUCGGAGGGGAUGUAGAGAGGCGAAUCAGAAAUAUCGAUCUCGAUGGGAAGAAUUAUCAGCUGGUUUGGGACAGUCUGAUGGAGUACUAUGACAACAAGAGGUCCUUGAUGAAUGUCUCGUUGUCGAUGAUUUUUAAUGCUCCAAUGGUGAUGAAGGAUUCUAUCGAGUCUCUUGAGAGGUUAUACACGGAUGUCACUCAGGCGCUCACGUUACUCGAGACUCUUGAGAGAUCGGUUUCGCAGUGGGACGACAGGCUAGUUUAUAUUGUCGUUAAGAAGCUGAAUAGGGCCUCGAUUGCGGAAUGGGAGAGGACUCUUGGGGGUUCAUUAGAGCCACAGACCUGGAAGGAGCUCAGGGCAUUCAUGCUAUCAAGGAUCAGGGUGCUGCAGUCCUACCAAGCGGAUUAUGCUGGGGUUCCUGUGACUAACUCUUCGUAUAAUGGGUCUGCAAAAUCAUCAUUGAAUUUUUCAAGGGGUUCGAAUGGAGCUGGUGGUGCCAAGGUGCAUCAGAGGAAAUCAUUCUCUCACAGGGUGCUCACACUAUCAGGCUCGGUUAACCAGAGGAUAAAGAGGCUGAACCGUUUGAAGUUGUGCUUCAAUUGUCUCGGACAUCAUAUUAAAGGCAACUGUCCCUCGACGACGCACUGCCAGAAGUGUUCUGGGAGGCAUCAUACUUCCAUUCAUUUCAAGAAGUCGAAGUCUGCAGCGGCAGAUGUUGGUGGGCCUCCUCAGGGAGUUCCUCCUGGAUUGUCAGCGCAUGCUCAGACUUUCAUACCAGGGGGAGGAGCUGCAGAAGAUACAGGUGCUGCGACUCAUGCAGUGACGCAUAAGGUGUCUGCAGGUGCGUCUUCAGCGAUCUUGGCAACGGCGAUGGUGAAGGUGAAGUCAUUAGCCAGAGAGUUGGUCGAAGGACGUGCGUUGAUUGAUCCAUAUUCUCAAGUGACUUUGACAACUAAGAAGUUUGCUCAACAGCUGCGUGUCCCUCGUCGACACUAUUCUCAGAUGGUUUUGGGUGUCGGGGGAGCUAGUUCUUCUGCUGCUAAGGGGAUCGUCAUUGUGGAGUUAUUUUCUGGUUGGGGUCAUCGCGUUUGUGAGGCUGAAGCUAUCAUCCUGACGCCUUUAACGGAUUACAUUCCGAGAGCUGUGCCUUAUCGGCAGUGGUCAGUGUUGGAAGGAUUGCAGCUGGCUGACCCGGAGUUCAGUAGUACUAGAGGUAUCGACAUGAUCCUGGGGGUGGGUGUGUACUCGCAGAUUAUCCAGCUUGGGUUGAGGAGGGAGACCUUAGAUCAGCCAGUCGCACAACAAACUUCGUUGGGUUGGAUUCUGCCGGGAAGGUGUCGUUUGAGGAUGCUUCGUGGCGGGAGACAGCAGGAGGAGUUCGCAGAGGUUAAGACUGAGGUGGAUUCAGGGGAUACUCAGUGUGAGGAUUAUUACAAGGCAACGUGUUCGAGAAACGAUACUGGUCGUUAUGUGGUUCGAAUGCCUUUCAAAGCAUCUCCGCAGCAACUGGGUAACUCUCGUGGACUUGCUCUGAGGAUGCUGAACAGGUUGAAGGCUCGUUUGUCCAGAGAUCCUGAGCUUCAUCAAAAGUAUCGAGGUUUUUUGAAGGAGUAUGAAGAGCUGGAGCACAUGUUUCAGGUUAAGCCUCAGAAAGAGGGUUCUGCGAUCGUCUAUUAUUUGCCUUAUCACCUUGUUGGCAGGGAGUCUAGUCUGACGACCAAGCUCAGGGUGGUGUUUAAUGGCUCUGCCAAAGCUACAUCCAGACUUUCGCUGAACAAUCUGCUGCACGAAGGUCCUAAGUUGCAGGCAAGGAUUCUUUGGUUGGAUGAUUCUGGAGAGGUGGUCGAAUAUCAGCUGAACACGGUGAUGUAUGGGACGAGAUCUGCUUCUUAUCUUGCCAUUAGGAUGCUGCAGCAGUUAGCGAAGGAUCGAGGUGUCGAGUUUCCUAAGGCUAGAGAGGUGAUUCUGAAGACGACUUAUAUGGACGAUGUCUAUGGAAGAUCGAGCACUGAGGACAGCUGUAGGAGGGAGCUUAUGGAGAUCAAUCAGGAUCAGAAAGAGAUUGAGGUUUUGACUGAACGUAUUGUUCUGUCACAGGUCGCUCAGCUUUACGACCCUCUGGGGUGGAUAGCGCCUUUUUUUGUGAAGAGGAAGCUUCUGGUCCAGGAGUUAGGGAGUUUAAAACUGAGAUGGGAUAAUGAGCUGGCUGAGGAGACUGUGCAGCAUGCUUCUGGGGUCGCAUACGGAGCUGUGAUUUACUUGAAGAUUGUUGGUGUAAAUGGUGACGUAAAUAUAAGCUUGGUAUCAGCGAAAUCAAAGUUAGCUCCUGUUCAGGAGAAGAAGGGUUCUGCGAAGGUGACGAUUCCGAGGCUGGAGCUCAUGGGAGCAUAUUCGUCGGUAGCUCUGACUUGGAUCAAGUCUGAUCCCGCAAGAUACAAACAAUUCGUUAAAAAUCGUGUGUCGGAGAUUCAGCGUCUGAUGCCUCAAGCUAACUGGAGGCAUGUCCCUGGAAAGGAUAAUCCUGCGGAUCUGGUGUCGAGAGGCGUGUCAAAGCAGAGGUUCGCUGUUAAUGAUUCUGAGAGUUUGGAGAGGAAGAAUUUGGAUGUGCAUGCAGCUUGCGUUGGUGCUGGUUCAGAGUAUCAGUCUUGGGAUUUCGUUGGGAGAUACAGCUCAUUGAGGGAGCUGUUACCUGUUACUGCCUGGUGUCGUCGGGUUUUUCUAGUCAGACGAGAGAACACUAGCAAUGGAGCUCGAGGGUUCAAGGGGUUGUUCUUGCAGCCUAGUGAGAUCGAGGAGGCUAGGGUGUUCUGGAUCCGGGAGAUUCACGCUGAGUAUUUUUAUGAGGACAUCAAGAAGCUAAGAGAAAUGAAUGAAGUGGCUCUCCGGAGUGUGCUGUUUCGCCUAGUACCUUUUCUUGAUGGUGAGGGGAUUAUUUGUUUGACUGGGAGGUUUCAGAAAUCAUCUCUGGAGGAGGAUUUUAAGCAUCCUGUGAUACUGCCAUCCAGUUCCAAAUUUACUGAGCUUGUUUUGAUGGAGGCUCAUCGUCAGACAUUCCAUGGGGGAGUUCAGGUGAUGCAGGCACUUCUAAGGAGGAAAGAUUGGGUUCUUGGUGGGAGGAGAUCAGUGAAGAGCUUCAUGUUCAGGUGCGUGAUCUGCACUCGUCAUCAUGGCGCUAUGGCUAAGCCAACUGAUGGGUCAGUUGCCUUCGAGAGUGACUCCAUCUUGAGGUUUUCUUCACCUUGGAGUGGACUAUCCAGGGCCGUUGACUUUGCUGAGUUGGAGGCGUCAAGAAGCCAAGACCUACAAGGGGUUUUUAUGGUGAUCUUCGUGUGCUUUAUGACCUCGGCAGUGCACAUUGAAUUGGUGACGGAUUACAGCAUCGAGGGAUUCUUGGCCUGCUACAGGAGAUUCUCAGCUAGGCGUGAUAUCUGUGAGACGAUCACGAGUCAUCGUGGUACCAACUUGGUGGGAGCUGAUGGGGAACUAAGGAGGUUGUUCGAUGCUACUGGUCGGGCGGCUCGGGAAAUUGCUCAUAACGUAUCCAAGGAUGGAACUAAGUGGAACUUUAAUCCUCCUGCAGCUCUUCAUCACCGAGGGAAAUAG